AUGGUGUUUUAUCCGAAAGCUCGGCAGCCGCGCCUCAGCAUCAACCACCCAACGGUCCGGCCAAUUCGACUGGCUGUACUAAAGGCGGCGACCAUCAACCUUUUCUUGCUGCAAAUUCUGUUCCUUGGUCUUUUUUGCUACCUUUUUGGAUCUCUUUUCCAGCAAACUACACAUAUUCAUAAUAUCAAUAUUCUCUACGUUGAUUAUGAUGGCGGCGCAAUAGGCACGGCAGUCCUUGAUGCUUAUCAAGAACUCAAAGGCCCAGGCUUUCCAACUUUGAUUGCGCGGUCCACUCAAGAAUACCCCGAACCAGCUCUCACUGUUGAGGCUGUUUGCAAUAUCGACUACUGGGCAGCUCUUUACGCCUCGCCCAAUGCAUCGAAUCACUUGCUCAGCGCGCUAGGAGGAGGCUCUGCCGCAGCCUCAUACAACUCCAGCGAUGUCCUCACAAUGGUAUGGAAUGAAGCGCGUUAUCCCACUGUGGUAGACUCUGCUGUUUCUCAAAGCUUGACAACGCUAUCUGAAGCUGCACGAGUGGCCUACUUCAAAGAAGGCGGAAAGCAGUUGAUACAGACGCUGAACAGCUCGGAUCCUGCAGCCAUUGCCAUCUUUGCCGACCCCUGGAAUUUGGACUCGAUAGACAUUCAAACAACCAAACAGGGAUCCCGGCUGAUCUACAAUACCCUUGUCGUCAUCCUAAUCCUGAUCCAGGAGUUCUUCUACUUGGGACUCAUCAAUGGUCUCUACCUGCAAUUCAACCUCUAUACCGCCGUCUCGCCCAAUCGGAUCGUGGUCGUACGUCAAAUUAUCUCACUUCUGUACACACUUGCCGGGUCUUUAAGCACAGCAGGUGCUAUCUGGGCCUUCCGAUUUGGCUGGCAUGUAAAUGGCAACCAGUUCGCGCUUAACUGGCUGAUCUUCUGGCUGUUCGCUCACUUGAACUUCCUCGUGCUCGACGUCUUCACCAUCUGGCUUCCGCCUCCAUACAUUCCAAUGGUGUUCAUAUCCUGGAUUGUCCUAAACGUAACCUCUAUCCUCUUGCCGUUCGAACUGUCGCCAGGAUUCUACAAAGUGGGAUAUGCGUUACCAGCGCAUAGUUUAUUCCAGGUCAUGAUCGAUAUCUGGUCCGGUGGUUGCAAUCCUCAGCUCAACUAUGCACUCCCUGUGAUGUUCGCUUAUGAAGUGGUCAGCCUCGUUCUCAGCUCGAUUGGCGUUUAUCGACGGGCUCAUUUGGCCACCAUCAAGCAGGAGGCAGAUGAAAAGGCACUGCAGGAACGCAUCGCGGCGGCUGUUGCUGAGAAACAGGAGAAUCUGCAGCCAAACGAGGAAAGCAGACCGGAUGCCCUGGAUGGCGAAACACCGGUCAGUGAGCCAGAGCAACGAGCUACCGUGCAACGACGCGCGACUUUCACAAGUAUGGAGGAUCAGGAGAAGAUGUGUGAUAUCAUUCGGCGGGAGUUGUCGCGUCCUGCUGAAAGGGCGGAUACCAGUCGCAGCAACAAUGGUCCCUCCUUUUACCUACCCUAUAAGGAAUGA